AUUAUGGGUCUCAAAACAGUCGACGAGAAAAAGUCGAUGGUUAUUUGCAAUUCGUUGUUUAAUCAGAAAGCCACAAAUCGUUUUUAUCUAAUAGAACUUGUUUAAUUUGGAUUUAUUUGAUGUAUCGUUUCGAAGAAUUUGUUGCUGCCUGAUUGACGAUGGCGGAAAUUCUGAGUAUUCGUGAUCUACCGGAUGACAACUCGCUGAGUGUUGCAGCAGAGUCUAGCCUAACCAAUUCACAAUCAAUUAAAGAUGAUGUUAGUCCAACGUUUGAAGUUCCCAAGGUGGUUGAAAUCGUUUCCAAUGGUGAUAAGCUGGAAUCAGAUAGGCCUAUUGGAGAAAGGCAGAGUCCUGAUGGGCAAGAAGAAGAAUCAGAUUCCAAUAUUACUGUGAAAGCACUUGACGAACAAUCUCCAACAUCUGGAGAUGGUCAAGGAGAAGAUGUGAUGAGAGAUGUCAUUCCCAGUAGCAAUAUUUUACCAUGGUAUGCAAGGAAAGAAAGAUCAAUACAUACCCCUACCAGUGUCCAAGUAGAAACAUCGUUAAAGCCAGGAGAAUAUGUCAUGAGAAAUUUGUUUGCUGAAUUUGUCAUUCAAGCAGACAAGAAAAUUACUAGUGUGAUGGCUGAAGCAUUUGAUCGUUCGUUGUCAAAAUCAUUACAAAGAGGAGAAGAUGCCCAGUUCGAUCAAUUACUCAGUUCCUUUGGAUCGGUAGCAGAACAUUGUCUCCCCUCCCUUUUGCGGACAUUGUUUGCUUGGUUUGAGAGACAAGGCAUUGAGUGGAUGCCUGGUAAUGAACACAAGCAAAAAGGAGAUACUAAGCGAAGUAAUGCAUCUGAGAUUUUCGCGUUAUCAGAAGAGGAAUACAUAAUGGAACGCAGAGAUCUUGCAGUGCAAUUCAUUCUGUGUCUUGUCCUGAUUGAAGUUUUGAAACAACUGCCAGUCCAUCCAGGACAUGAAGAUCUCGUCAACUACAUUGAAAAUUUGGCUUUCAAAAACUUCAAAUAUCGCGAUGGCGUACAGAAUAGUCCAAAUGCAGCAAACAUGUUGGUUAUUGCUGACCUCUAUGCUGAAGUUAUUGGAGUAUUGGCACAGUCUCGCUUUCACUCGGUCCGCAAGCGAUUCGUGUCUGAACUUAAAGAACUCAGAUCCAGGGAGCCUUCUCCUGCUACAACUCAAGCCAUUAUCUCACUCUUGAUGGGCAUGAAAUUCUUCCGAGUCAAGAUGGUGCCAAUUGAAGAAUUUGAAGCUUCUUUCCAAUUUAUGCAAGAAUGCGCUCACUACUUUUUAGAAGUAAAAGAUAAAGACAUAAAGCACAGUCUUGCCGGACUGUUUGUUGAGAUUCUUGUCCCGGUUGCUGCCACUGUCAAGCACGAGGUAAACGUCCCGUGUUUGAAGAAUUUUGUCGAAAUGCUUUAUCCUCCGACGAUCGAUUUAGCCACGAAAAACAAACAUCGCUUGGCACUGUUUCCUCUGGUCACAUGUUUACUAUGUGUGGGCCAGAAAAUGUUUUUCCUGUCUAAUUGGCAUUGCUUUUUAGCUAUGUGCUUAAAUCAUUUGAAGAAUCGAGACCCUCAGUUUUCACGUGUUGCUCUCGAAUCUUUAUAUCGCCUGCUUUGGGUCUACAUGAUAAGGAUAAAAUGCGAGAGCAAUAGCGCUACGCUUUCACGUCUUCUCAGCAUCGUGAAUUCCCUAUUUCCCAAGGGCUCAAAAUCGGUUGUCCCUCGGGAUACACCUCUUAAUAUUUUCGUCAAAAUCAUCCAGUUUAUCGCUCAGGAACGUCUUGACUUUGCUAUGAGAGAGAUCGUCUUCGAUUUGCUUUCCGUGGCUAGACCCGUCAAGAUUAUCUUGACACCGGAAAGGAUGAAUAUUGGUCUUCGAGCCUUUUUGGUUAUUGCGGAUAGCUUGCAAAAGAAAGAAGGCGAGCCGCCUAUGCCAAGGACGGUGGGAGCUCUUCCCUCCGGCAGUACCAUGCGUGUCAAAAAAACUUACUUGAGCAAAAUGUUAACCGAAGAUGCUGCACGAAGUAUUGGAAUGAGCGCGUAUUAUCCGUACAUGAGGAAAGUGCUGAAUGGUAUCCUACGAGCGUUAGAUGGUCAGUUCGGUCGCCCCUUGAUCAUGACGAAUCUGCAAAACACUAACAAGGAACCCGAUGAAAUGAUGAGCGGAGAGCGGAAACCUAAAAUUGAUUUGUUCCGAACAUGCGUAGCGGCCAUGCCACGUUUGAUUCCCGAUGGAAUGUCUCGAAGUGAAUUAGUCGAAUUACUUUCGCGAAUCACACUCCACAUGGAUGAAGAACUUCGUACUCUUGCCUUCCAGUGCUUGCAGAACAUCGUCGUUGACUUUCCCGUGUGGCGAGAAGAUGUUCUCUAUGGAUACAUCCAGUUUAUCGUAAAAGAAGUCCCGGAUACAUCGCCGCAAUUACUAGACAAUGUGCUCCGAAUCCUAUUGCAGCUUCUUAGCACUUGGCGGAAUGGCGUAAUUACUGCAACACAUCGCUCCCCUCAAGAAGAACCUCCCAGUACCAUUUCGAAAUUGGAAACUGCCAGUGCAUUACGUGCUGCGGAAGGUCUGGCAUUAGUAAUGCUGUGUCAGUGCCGUCUACCACCUCGACGAGUUUCGGCUCUGAUUUUGAAAGAAGUUAAGCUGCUGUUGAAAGCCUUUGGAUUGACGAGUCGAGAUGAAGAACCCGUGCUCGAUGUAAUGGAUAGCUGCUGUGCUGCCGUCUUGGAUAAAUGGAGUCAUUUAUUGCCGUCGUCGGAGAGAGCAGCACUGCAAAAUGUGGAUUUGCAAUGGUUGUCGGAGCGUUCAUCUCCCGUGUGGACUUCAGGAGUGAUCGAUGAUAGUGCCAACAAAGGAAGUGUUGCGGCCAAUAGUGUCAGUGGCGUAGAUGUCUGGUCAUCAUGCUUGUGUUCAUUCCUGGAGAAAAAUCGGGUGACUUCGCACUGCCUUUCAGCUACAGCCAAUGCAUGGACCAUCGUCUUCACUCGUCUGAAUUCGUUGUAUAUUGUGGUUGAUCCAACUCCCGUCUCGGAUAACCGUGCUUCACUCCUAAGAAGCGCAGCCACUGUUAAACGCCCUGUUAACGAACGCGAUGUCUAUCUUCACCUUUGGAAGAAUUACGUGGCUUUUGCAUGUCGAGUGGUGCCUCCCUCCACAAACCCUGUUCUACGUUGCGCCUCGCCCGACAUUAGCUUAAGUUCGUCUCCCGACGGAAUGUCUACGGACAGGAGUGAAGUCCGCAGCUCGGGCGGAACUGUCUCACCUUCUUCGCUGUACAAAUUGAUUGUGCCGUUGAUACGAUGUGAAGUGUCAGAUAUGCGCAGCACUGUUGUCAAUGCUUUGGGGAUGAUUAAUCACGCAGCCAACAGGGAUUUGAUGGAAGAGCUUGUCCUUUAUAUCCGCGAAGCCCUUGACCGCAAACAAGGCAAUGUUAGACGACAGCGUAGACGAGACGCCCUUCGACUACAGUUGGUCCGAAUUUUUCAACUAAUUGCCAAUCGGGGAACCUUUGGAAUGAGUUACGUGAAUGGAGAAGGAAAUCCUCUUCACCCAGUUGUAAUUGAAUUCUUGGACGGAAUGAGGCAAUGCCUGGAAUUGGAUACGGACCGUGAUUCUGUGGCAGGCCGGGAAGUUCGCUCUUGUUUCGCUCUAUUCGUCACCAAUUUGAUUGAUUGCUUCCCUCUCGAUUUGCGCCCCAGUCUGUUGAAGCGCGAUCUGCGACAGCAGCUUUUUAUUCUAUUUGCGGGAUGGAGCGGCAAAUUUGGUCGGCCUUUUGGCUUUAAUUCAUCCAGUGCUGCCAAAGAGCAGGAGCCUACCGAGCUUGAAUUGACGGCUGUAGAGGCCAUGAGUUCCGUUUUGUGUUGCGGCCCAUGCUUUAAUCGUCAGGGUUUAACAGAAGACAACCACAGCGAUGUGUACUCUUGGUUGGACAUUCUUUUAGCUUCUAAAAACGACAAGGUUUAUGGGUUAGCCCAGGAGACAGUUGUGCUUCUGCUCGAGUUUAAUCCGGAUAUAAGUCCCUUGUUAGACUGGGUAGUCGACCGGUGCUAUACCGGAAACGCCCAAGUGGCCGAUGGUUGCUUUCUAGCUUUAGCUACCAUAUUUAGUGCUAGGGAGUAUCCCUGUGACCAUUACACGGCUAUUAUCAACGUCACGCUAAUGUCGACUGGCUGCCCUCGAACAAUUAUUCACGAAGUGGCACUGCAACUUUUACAGGUGCUGGAUGCCAGAUUUUUUGGAAGUGGUCCAUCGCUUCCUUUGGCUUUUGGUGAUUUAGAUAGCGAAGCAACUGAGCGAGCUGAAGGGGGUAUUAGCACACUAGACGCUCUAUUGGCAACCACCUACUCUCGGUCGCAGAUAUAUCUCUCCCGUCAAUUGGCUCAGCUCCAUCCGGAGUUGACUAUGCCGAUGUUUUCAGAAAUAACUCAUCGGCUUCAGACAGCUCGACCGACUGUUAGACAGCUUCUUUUUCGUUAUCUACUUCCUUGGUUGUGUAACAUGGAACUUGUCGAUCCUAAUCUUCCACCAAUGAGUAGCGGAUACAACUAUCCAACUUAUUGUGCCGAUUUGGGAAGAUCGGUCCCUGGGGCAGCCCCUAAUAACAUGGCGGGAGAUGCAAAUGACACAGGUCAUCGUGAAGGUUGGGGAUCAGCCGAAGCAACUGAAAUGGUGUUGAAUAAUCUAUUCUACGUAACAGUCAAGUUUGGAGACGACCACCCCAAAGAAUUAGAGGAUGUUUGGGCGGAGUUGUGCACGUGUUGGCCUACCAAUCUGCGAGUCAUCCUGCGCUAUCUGUUUAUCGUGACGGGCAUGGCGCCCGCAGAACUUCUUCCAUACGCUAAACGGGUGGUGAUUUACUUGGGACGCGCCCGGCCUGAGCGCCUUCUGGAUGAACUUAUCAACGAAUUGCAAACUAUCGAGACGAUGUCUUGCCUUAUUGAACGAACAGAGACGCCGCCCUUUUUCCGUGUCACCAGCUUGCGGAAGACUUCAUCUCAUUGGGGCGAGUCUGGAACGGAGCCAGCUGCGCCCAGUGGAUCCAGCGGAGGUCAGAUCAACCGCCCCGAGGACGCCUCUCUCGGUAUCGGUGGACUGAAUGUUGAAAAAGGCACGAUUCACACCAAACGUCACAGCAGCGAGGAUCCUGGGAUGCUUACACUAAGUGCUGCCGCAGUAGUGGCUGGUAGUGUUUGCAAUUCCACGAUUCCAGCCGUGAGCAAAGUGUGCUCCUCUCCUCGCCUGGACCGCUCUCGUUCACACAACGAUGCUGAUACAAUUAACGUGACGAAGAAAGUGGUCUUGGAAGAACAUCCUUCUACCAUCAAUCCAACCAACAACGAUUACGAAGCAUCUCAGCCGCAUCCUCUACCCAUGCCAGAGUAUGGAGGUUAUUUUGCGCCAUUAACAGAGUUUCUGCCCAACAGUUCGCAACCAGUUAAUGGAUUUCAUCGAUGCAAUUUGGCCGUCAUGUUUUUAGUCGAUUUGGUGGUGGAAGGUAUGGAGCAAGGAAGUGAGGUUGAUUGGUCCGUCCACCUCCCACUCGUCUUGCACAUGGCCAUUCUGGGUUUGGAUCACACUCGCCCGCUAGUCUCGGAACAUUGCAAACAGUUGCUUCUAAAUUUACUUCUGGUUUUGGCUGAUCAUGGAGAUCAUCUAACUGUUGCCAAGGUUUUGCUACAAACCAGAACGGAACAACUGAAAUACGGUCUGACUACUUCUACCUUGCCAGUUCAAAAACAUAAUUUCACGGAACCGGAUUUGGAGUUUGAUAGCUAUCUUCACGCUCCGUUCAUGCAACUGGGAACGCCUACAUGGUCGUCAUCGGAAACUGGCGAAGACUUGUCGGGUGAUGACGAUGAUAGUACAGAGAUGCCAGCCACAGUAGCGCUGUCGGACGUCAUCAAAUCGUUGGUCUACUUCAUUUCAUCCAGACCUGGUCAACCUCUAUGGAGCUACGAAGACAUUACAUCCAAAGUCUGGAGCGUUCGUAGCGCCGAACAGCUGGAUGUGUUUGUCCAGCACAUCUGUCGCGUUUUCAGUGAAUCUUUGCCUCAUAGUCACUUAGAAGAAAGGUGGGCUCAAGUUGCCCUUCAUCUGGCAUUGUCUUCGCCUUCCAGACAUUAUGCUGGGCGUUCUCUUCAAAUCUUCCGAGGAUUGCGAGUACCGAUAACAUCGCGAAUGCUUACCGAUAUUCUUUCUCGUCUGGUUGAAACCGCUGCCGAACAGGGUGAAGACAUGCAAGGUUACGUGACUGAGCUGGUGUUGACACUCGAGGCAUCCGUCGAGUCUUUAGAAACGGAUUUCCGACCGAUGGAUGUUGCGCGCGACAUUUUCAAAUCGACUCCUAAUCUAAACAAUAAAGAAUGUGGUAGUCCAUUCCUGGAAAGAGUGUCGGGUGCUAAUCUGACACGUCGACAUGCUUUUUACGGACGAACCCAUCUCAGUGCUGGAAACGCUCCGUACAGUCACAUUCGAUCUACCAGUUACACGGCAGCCUGCGGAGACAGAAAAGCUGGUAAUAAUGACCUCAAAGAUCAAAUGCGAGGCAGAAGCAGCAGUGGAAAUGCAAACGGGGUGACUCUGUUCGCUGGCUCAAGUCUAUCCCGUUCACGAUCGGCCCAGUCCUUGAAGCAGGCACUAGAGACGGGGCUUGUACAGGAUGACAAGUUGGCCAUUCUCGCCCAGUUAUUCUGGAUCGCCGUUUGCUUGUUGGAAUCUGAUUACGAGCACGAGUUUCUUUUGGCUCUGCGAUUGCUUGAACGUGUCCUCCACCGAUUACCACUCGACCGUCCUGACUGUCGUGAUAGGGUGGAGAAGAUGUUGCCUCAACUCAAGUGGAAUAAUUUCACCGGCGUCCACGCUAUUGUUCUCAAAGGUUGCACUAGCCCCAAUGUUUCGACCUACGAAUCGACUCUGUCGUUGUUGAGCCAAUUCACUCCCUUUUUGGAGAUCGCCCUGAUGGACCCCAGUAUUGGCUCCGCUUUCGCCAUCAACGUUAUGGCUCUUUUACCGUACAUGGUGGCCAAUUAUGAAGACGCUACACCACUUUGCAUCCGCAGCGCAGAAAAUAUUGCUCACGUAAGCACGGAAAAGGGCAAAAAGAUGGAAAAUCUAGCCACGGUAAUGACGCUUUACAGUCGCCGCACGUUCAGCAAGGAGAGUUUCCAAUGGACCAAGUGCGUCGUUAAAUACUUGCACGAUUCGUACGGUUAUCUGACUUUGCCUAUGGUCACGUUUCUAGUUGAGGUUUUGGAACGCGGGCCAAAUAGCAUGCAAGGAGCUGUGCUAAGUAUCUUGCACUGUCUGCUCCAUUACGUCGACUUUAAUUUGUCUUCCAACGCUCAACAGGUCAACGCCGACCUACUACGAGUUAUUGCCAAGUAUAUUGAGGGCGCACACUGGAAAGAAGCCCUUAAAAUACUGAAGUUGGCUGUUACCCGCUCCUCCUCACUUGUGGCCCCACCGUCAUCCGCUAGCGGCCCAUCAAGUGGUUGGGGAUCUGAUUCCAAUGCCUCUUCGUUCUCCGAUUCGGAGUUGUUUGUUAAAAAGGAGCUUCCAGGACGCACCAUGGAGUUCACAUACGAUCUGUCACAAACUCCAAUCAUUGGUCGACGACACGCCGGUCCUACUGCAGAGUCUUAUCGACCAAAAGAUCCAUUCACAUCCGCCAGUGAAGCUGAUACCAAAGUUUCAGCCAGCAAAGAAGAGAAGGGAACGGGCAAUGGCGCAUCGUCUCCCCGACGCUCUGUCUCACUUUCAUCUGCCGAUUCUUCUUCCAUCUCUGGCUGGAAGAGACCCUGGCUCUCACAAGCUCGUGUUCGCGAAUCUCUAGUCAACUUGUUAACUGCAUUCGGCCAACGAGUAGGCCUGCCCAAAAGCCCAUCGUGGGUCUUCUAUGUGGACCAUCAUACGGGCAAGGUUAUCUUCAGCCAAAGUUCGGAACUAUUGGAAAGGCAGUCGAGCAUGGCGUCGUCGAUGGAAGAGGUAUCCACGCAACAGGAUCUAUCGGGCGAUUCCAAAUUGGAUGACUCCGUCACAACCGACCAACAGUUUGGCGUGUUCAAGGACUUUGACUUCCUCGAAUACGAGUUGGAAUCUCAGGAAGAUGAAGGAAUGGAUCAAUUUAAUUGGGGAGUUCACCGACACUCUCUGUCUAGUUUGAACGCUGAAGGAGAGAAGGAGAACACUGCUCAAGCUACUCCAAGCCAUUCGUCGAGAAAGGAUCACGGUAUCGAGGAGUCGUCUGACGAUGAUAUGGGUUCAGUUUCACCGUUGGAUGACAUGGAAGCGGGAUUGGGGCAUAGUAUAAAUGAGUUCCCCAGCAUGACCAUCACACGGGACCUACCCUCAUCAUUGCCACUCGAUCUCAAUUCCAGUCACUCUGAAAUCCAUUCAGAUUCUUCACAAAGCGAGUGUAGUGAAGGUGAUGGAGGUGACGUAACUCCCUGUAACCUUUCACCUUGUAUUAUCGGCCCCAUGGCGUCCGUGACUCCCCCAAACUUUAUGAGGGCAGAAGAUACGGCGACUCAACCCCACAGCAGUUUGGAAGAUAUCGAUCCCACUUGGAGAACUCAUUUCCAAGUUCUUGUGUCAGAGGGUGGCCCAUCUCAAUUAGUUUCAUCUCUUCAUUAUCUCCCGAAACUUUUCCGAGAUGUACGUGCUAAAGUGCUUUCAGCAACCCGAGAAUGUUGUCAUUAUCUGCAAAAUUCCCAGGGGAACGGAGCAGCUGUGUUGAGGCAGAUAUGCGCCAACUUUCAAGCAACAGCCGAUGUGGUGGCCACCCGUUGUGAGUGUCCGUUCAUAUUCUGCGAGAGCAGCCUCAACGACUGGGCUCACAGUCGCUAUUGGAAGCGAUUACGCUUUACUUUGAUGGAAUUUUACGAACACAGUGAAACGUGCACCGACAGGAGAGAGCAUGCCUUGGAGUGUCUUGGCUUGGUGCAGUCAACAUUGAAGCUUCAAAUGAUGGGGGAAACGUUCCCUGAGCAAACUCACGACGAACAACACUAUGACCUAUGUCGUUACCUGUAUCGGCUCCACUUUCAAGUAUUGCUUUUUAUGGAGAACUCGGCCAAGUUGGUGAAUGCGUUGCAGAAUGUUGCCACAGCACACGAGAUGUUAGACAUGUCAUCAGACAUUGGUCUGAUACGUAUGGGGCUGUAUCAAGCCCUCGAAGAAAUUGAACUAGAUUCGUUGGAUGGCAGCCAAGCCACUCCGACUGAUAUGUCAUUGAAUGAUGCUUCCAUUCAGGAGGAAAUGAAUAUCAAAGAGCUGGAAUACAAUUUAUUGGAACUCUUGAUGAAUAAGCGAUUCGUCAAAGCUUUGCGCUUGACGCGGCAAUAUCGUCAAUGUUGGUCACACGAUUACUUUGGAACGAGUGAUGACGAAGAAUUGGCGGCCAUUAUGCGAGUUUAUGGACGAUACAUUGCCAGCAAGAAAUCAUGCGCUAUAAUUGCCACUUGCCCCGACGAAUCCUCUUUGGCUGACAGUAGUGGUGUCAUAAUGGAUUUUAAUAUGCAGACGCAGUCGACGCUAAAAGCUCUAGAAAAAUCGCUCAUGAUCAUUUCGGAUUCACGCAGCGACCGCUCCGAUUACAGUGACCCGUUAAAGGGCCGUUCUUACCGAACUUACAAAGCGAUGAUCCGCGUUCUACGAGGAAUUCGGACAAAAAACAUCCGCCAAAAAUCAACUUUCUUGUGACGAAGAUGAGUUUUGCUCGUAUACCUUGUUUGACUCGUUUUUAAUUGUCGUAAUAAAAAAACAC